AUGAGUGAAUCCAAUUCUUUGCUUAAUGGGUCUACUGACCUUCAAGAUUUAUUAAUGUGCGAGUCCUAUAUUGAUGACAUCAUGGCCACGAUUAAUAACCUUUCUACUACUCAAUCGUCUACCGAAACUUUACCUGAAUUUGAAGCCCAAAUUCAAUCGAUGUUCGCCAAUAAUAACACAAAAGAUUCUUCAUCUUCUCAAUUGAACGAUUUGUCAUUGAAUGAUUUUCAAUAUCCAGUUCCUUCUUCAGACAUGCUUUCCCUAGGUUCUCCAAAACCUUUUCUAUAUUUACCAGAUUCCACCUCUUUUGAUAAUAUAUGUCCCGAGUCUAUGCAAUAUUCGCUAACUUCUAACAACAACUCUGCAGAAAAUAUCUGUUCUCAAGAAACUUUUCUAUUCUCUCCAAACUCUGCUGACCUUGAUAAUAUUAGUUCUUCGAAUCCUUUAUAUUAUUCACCAAAUUCUAGCGAAAUCUCUGCAGAAGACAUUAGUUCUUCAGAUACUCUUUCACCAUUAAAUUAUACUCUCUUUCAAGAUUUAAAUAGUUCUCCAACUAACACUGCACUGGCUGAAUUUGGUAGUUACUCUUCUCCAAUGGAAAAUACAUUUGACGCCCUAUUAUCUUCAGGGUUCAAUCUUGAUCCUGUAGACAUCCAACCUGAAUAUAAUAGAAAACGCGUUUCCCUUGGAUAUGAUUCGGUUUCUUCCGACGAAUCUUCAAAAAAGAAACGUAAAGGUGCAAACGGAACUGUUAAAUCUGUAAAAAAAACAAAUCCUUACCCCAAGUCUAUAAAAAAAAUCGGUUCUAACAAACAUGGGACAAAUUCUGAUACCAAUACCACAUUUGAAGAAGAUUCUUUGCCAUCCAAAUCUCCCGUAAUUGAUGUAGAUACUAUUAAGGCGAUAUUGGCUUCUUUGUCUGACACCGCGAAUCGAACCAUCGAACCUUUUGGCGCCAAUCUUAUCCAAGACAAGCAAGACGAACAUUCUGACGAAGAGGAUGCAGUAUAUGAUAAAAGCACACCUUCCAAUACCAAGUCUUCGACUGCAACUUCUCAACCACAAAAAAACUCAAAACCGCAAACAAACAAGCAGCAAAAGAAACUUGCUCACAAUGUGAUUGAGCGUCGUUAUCGAAAUAACAUUAAUGACCGAAUCAAUGACCUAAAAAAUGUAGUUCCCGCACUUUGCCAUUUGAAAAGCAAAGAUGAUGAUGUAAUCGAAGAAGUAGAUGGUAUUCCGGCUGCUACGAAAACAAAUAAAGCUACUAUUUUAAGAAAAGCAACCGAAUAUAUUGUGUAUCUAAAAAAGAAUAACGACAUGUUUAAAGACGAAAAUGACGUUUUAAAAAAGAUUAUUCUAACUAUUCCUGGUGGUGUCGAUUUAUUGGAAGCUUAUCUUACAAAUCUUAGUGAUAUGAAAACUCCGCCGGAUACUCCUCCUUCUGAGACUAAUGCUCUAUAUAAACAUAGACCAUCUACCAGAAAUUCUGGUUCAAGAGCAUUGAUGGCUUUAUUCAUGUGCGUCACUUUUCUUACGGAUCCAUCAAAAAAUGCCCAACCAGUUCGGUAUCAUCACAAUGAAGGGCAUGUUAUUGUUAGUAAUACUACUGAAUCAGUAGUUCCGGAUGGAAUUUAUAAUUCGCAAGGUGACGCCGAUGAAAGAUUGUUAGAGGUUGAAUUAUGGAAUAGACUCGGUGAAAUAGAAUUAUGUGGUGCUGUAUCUCAUUUCUGGAACCUGGCAAUUAAAGAAAAAGGCCACUUCAACUCUGAAGAAAAAUGGCUUGAAAUCGCGCUUAUUAGUGUCAAAAAUCACGACAUAUGGGAAAGUGCAGCAAAUAGGAUCUGUGAUCAUGUUUUUAAUUUAUCCAAAAGCGAAGAAACUCUUAAACCUAUUAUUAGCACAAACAUUCCACUCGUUUAUGUUUCUGAAGUUCAAGCACUUUAUCAUAUCAAGGAAGCCUUUUCCAAUCUUAUUUCUGAACGACAAGGCACAAAUAAGAUUCUAAAGGGAUGCCAAUUUACCUUUUCUGAACUUCUCAGUGUUACCACACCUGCCUCUUUAAUGCAUUGGUAUGCAUUGGUUGGAUGUGUCGUCCAAGCUUUUCAUGAGGGUAAAAAUGAUUCUGGUACAAAACUAGUAAACAAAUUGAGGGAUGAAUUAAAGACUAAUGACAACUUGGAUAAACGGAUUAUUACAAUGGGUUUACUUUCUCGAUCUCUCUUGAUUUGUGGUAAUAUUGAAUCUUCCAUUCAUUGUGCUGAUAAAGCUGUCAACUAUAUAUCUUUGCGAAAAAAUGAAAAAAAAGAAACUUUAGAAACUGAUAAAGAUUUGGUGAUCGGUGAGAUUGUUAAUGAUGUUCAUGAUCUUGCAGAGUUUUGUGUUGGAUGGAUUAUUUUAGAAACAAGAAUUGUUGGACUGGGAAUUAUCGGACAUUUGUUAUCAAAAAAUAAGAAUAAGCCAUUAUCAAAUGUAUUUGACGAGAAACAUUUAAGAUCUUCAAUUGACAUUUGGGCUCGUUAUCUACGCCGAUCAUCGAAAUCUAAUGUAUUUGACAGCAUCCCAAAGUCACGAGAAAGAUUUAUAAGGAAACUUGACCUUCUUGGAAGGAUUAUAUCCGGCAUCGAUGAUAAUGACUAUGGAUAUAAUUGCGAUUACGAUAAACAGAAUACCAAUGAGUAUAAGGCCACAAGAGCCUUGCAUGUCCUAAAGGGCAU